AUGCAGGAUUUAGAUAUAUGCAAAUAUUCAGCAGUCGUGCACAAAAUAUGCGAGAAGGAUACUCUCUUGAAUUAUUUUAAAAAUAUUUCAACUUGUGAUGUUGUAUUAAAAGAUUGUGCUUCCGCUGAUAUAAACGACUGUUCAAAAGAAAUGUGUGAAUGUUUCACAACGUUCAUCACCUGCAUGACUGAAAAGAAAUGUACACCGCUGCCAACAAAAUCAGAUAGAAGAGUUCGCAAUUUUGGAUCUGUUCAUGGUUUCGGCGAUUUUGUUAGAGGACAUGUUGCAAAAGUUGAUGACGAUUUAAUAUAAUUAUUUAAUACAUUUCCAAUUUCGUAAGAAUGACGGGCGGUCUGUAAAUAAUGUGCUUUCAAAAAAGACGAAUUCGAGCCCUGAUCUAAAUAUUUCUGUCUAUUCCAUAAAAAUCUAUUUAAAUCUGAAAUAAAUUU